CAAGUACAAUGUGUGUAGAGUGUGUGGUGUGCCAUGCCCCAUGCUCACAAGUACAAUGUGUGUAGAGUGUGUGGUGUGCCAUGCCCCAUGCUCACAAGUAUGGCGUAACUAACCUGUCACAUCACAUGACAAGCUUGAUGGCUUAUCUGAUGACAGAAGUUCGGCGGCAAAGCUCGUUGUGCAGCAGAAAUCGGGGUGUUGAGCUGCCGGGACAAGCAAGGCAUGUCUCUGACAUACACUGCAUGCAUUUUGUACCCGGUUUUCUUGUUUGGAUUUUUGUUUCUUUCAGAAAGUCUCUUUCUGGCGCACAGUCGGUGUUUUAGAUUUGGGAAUUCUGUCUUGGAGGUAGCCUAACUGUUUCAUCAGCCAUGUCCAGACCAGAGUGUGGAUCAUGCAGAAGUAGUAGUAAGCAUGGCAAACUGUUGAAGUGUCUGCACGCAUUGUGUGUGGAGUGUUUGGAAAACUACAUCAGUGGCAAGGGCUCUGUGGGUUGUCCUGAAUGUGGAACAACCACUCCACCACCACCACUGGCUGGUGUUCCCUUGCUGCAGUACCUGCCAGACAGUGAAGUUUCCAGUGAUGGGAAUGAGGCUACUGCUGGCACACAGUCCAGAAAGCUGUGUGAUGAAUGUGCAUUGGAUACUAGAGCAGUGGCUGUUUGUAUGGACUGUGGUGAGAGUCUCUGUGCCAUGCAUGCCGAAGCACAUCCUGCAUCUCGCCGCACUUACAAACACAAGGUUGUGCCACUCAGUGAGGCUGCGGGUCAUACAGGUGAUAGAACAUCAGCCAGCCAGUACAAAUGCUCAUUCCACCCCUCGUUUGUACAGUGUUCGUAUUGCUUGAGUUGUGAGCAGCUAGUGUGUAAGCAAUGUGUAAGCAGUGGGGAUCAUGCUGCUCACAAUGUGCAGACUAUCACUGAUGCAUCCUCCAGCAUUCGCCAGUCCUUGAAAGCCAAGCUGAAUAGCACAUCACAUGGAAGUGGCAGUGUUUUUGACGAGUCGAUCAAGAAGUCUGAAGCGGCACUGAGUGGACUCCGUGAUGAGACAGAAACUGUGUCCUCCUGUAUCAACGACGUUUUUGGUGGUCUGAAGAAAGCCAUUGAAAACCGUCAGCAGGAGCUUCUGGAUGAGGUGGAUCGAUUGCAGUUGUCACAUCUUCUUCCCCUUGAAGAGCAGAAGCGACAGAUACUUGCUGGUGCCUCAUAUAGCAAGAAAGUUCAACAUCUGGCAGAGAACUGCAAUGAGGAUGUGAAUUUCUUGAAGAUGAGUAGAUGGCUGGAGGAAGCAGCGAAGAAUGCUGUGAUUGCGUCCGAGAGAGAUGUGAAGGGGUUUGCUCCAGGAACUCUAUUGUUUUCACCACACCACGUAGAGGAACUGACUGCGGCCAUUGCCAGAACUGGUGUGGUGAGUGACAUUGGUAUGCUGUCAUCGGAGAAGAGUAGCAUGACUACUGCAGCCCGUGUUGAGGAGGGAGACGACCUUACCGUGAUCAUUGAGCCAAGGAAUGGCCACGGUGAUAGUCUGGCUGUGACGGAGGCACAUUUGUCUGGUGUUCACGUUGAAGUAACAUCUACGGACAACACCACCGACACCAUUCAGCCUGUGCUGAUGCCCGACAGUAGUCCAAAUGAAGGCACUAACAUGAUUGCAACGUACAAGACGACCGGAAAGAUUGGUUCAGUGCAGGUAUCAGCCAUGAUUGGAGAUCACCAUGUAGCUGGAAGUCCUGCAAUGGUUACCAUCGUGGAUCUGCUACCACAGUUUGAUCCCGGCCAAUGCCAUGCUGAUCUUGCACUGUCAAACAACAACCGAACGGUUACUCGUGGAGCUGCUGCUAGCGGUAACUGGAGGUCAGUAUGUGGCGUGAGGAAAUGGAGUAGCGGCAAACACGAGAUAUCCCUCCGUCUUGAUCGCAUCACUGCUGGUGACGUUCACCACCUGUUCUUCUUGUGUAAUGCCCAGCGUCCACGACUAGACGACUGGCAAACGGGAGAGACCACAUUGUUUGGAUGGUACAGCAACAACACCGAUUGUGGUAACUGGACAGGCAGUGCACUGGGUCAGCCAUGGCAAGCCGGUGACAUCAUUCAUAUGUCGUUGGAUUGUGACAAUCACACGUUAGUCGGUCGUCAUGAGCGUACCGGAGCAACCGAGACACUGACGAACGUGACAGGCGAACUCUACCUCUACAUCAGCCUGUUUUACAGUGGAGACCAAGUUACUAUUUUGUGAACUGGUAUCAUCGUGCACGAUCCUAGAAUGUAGAAUUAGUUUGAGUUCUCACAAGUUCCGACUCUUUUGUUUGUAUUACAUUUUGUAUCCAAAGUGACUCUUAACCAGCCCUACAUGUACAUGUACUUAAUUCUGAUAAACUUAUAACCUAUAGAAUUAUUAUGGCGUAAUUUUCCCUUCUCUCUCAGGCAGUGGAACUGGUAUUCCCAGCCCUUGCUCUUUGUCUACUCUUGUAUGUACUCUGGUGCCUGGACCAUGACAAACAGGUUUUGUUCUUUUAUCAACUUUUUAGCACGUGCACUGCUACCACAUGUGUUUGCGCUGCUGCCAUUUGCUUGCACAGCUGUCAUUUGCUUGCAUUGCUUUGCCCAAGAUUUGGAUAUUGUACACUGGAGGUUUUCAGUGGCCACCUA